AAGAUUCUUGAUGCAAUUCUGCAGAGGACCAAGGCUCUUCCAGAAGCCACAGUGCGCUGUGAAUGUUUGUUAAAGGAACGGUCUGUUUAAGUCCAGCCCUGGUUAUAAAUUUACAGGAACUUAACUUUGUGCCAUGUAAACAGCAGCAGCUACAAGAUGGCCAAGAAAUCACUUGCUACAUGGCUCUAUCUAAUCUAACAGAGGCGUAAGAGAGCUGAAUUUUAUGAGGAGGUGUAGUGAGUGUCAUGUGAAGAAACGGAGGGUUUCUGAAUCCUGCUCUCCGGGUUGCCCCAGAAAGCAAAGAUGAAUGCUUCGGUGGAAGAAGAGGAUGGCUACAUGCUCUGAAUUUUCUGGCAUGGAUCUAUAUGAGGAUUACAAAUCACCCUUUGAUUUCAAUGCUGGAGUGAACAGAAACUAUCUUUACCUGUCGCCUAGCAUAAACCUUUCUCCACCUGGAUCACCUACGCUGGCAAAGUCUGGGCUGCUGAGAAGUGACUCUAUGCCUGAGGUUGGAGAGGAUGCUGCUGCUACAGUUGAUAUGGCAGAAACACUCUCAGAAGAAGAACAGGAUGAGCUAAGAAAAGAGCUUGCUAAGGUGGAAGAGGAAAUCCAGACGCUCUCACAAGUGCUAGCUGCCAAAGAGAAGCAUCUAGCAGAAAUCAAGAGAAAGCUGGGAAUUAACUCAUUACAGGAACUAAGGCAGAACAUUACCAAAAGCUGGCAAGAUGUUACAUCAACCACAGCAUACAAGAAAACGUCAGAAACCCUGUCUCAGGCUGGUCAGAAGGCUUCUGCUGCUUUUUCAUCUGUUGGUUCAGUCAUAACCAAGAAGUUUGAAGAUGUCAGACUACAGGCAUUUUCACAUUCCUUUAGUAUACGCUCCAUACAACAUUCAAUUAGCAUGCCUAUUAUGAGAAAUUCUCCUACUUUCAAAUCCUUUGAGGAAAAAGUUGAAAACUUAAAGUCUAAAGUUGGAGGAAGCAAACCUGCCGGGGGAGACUUUGGAGAAGUUCUCAACUCUGCUGCCAAUGCCAGUGCCACAGAAACUAUUGCAGAACAGACACAGGAGGAGACCCACUGAGAUUCCUGCCUCUGUCCUGCUACCCACUGCCAGAUGCUGCAAGCAAAAACUAAGCACACUUGUAACGUUCUUUGCGCUCUUUCAACCAGAUGUGCUUUUAUUUAGCACGUAGCUAUUUUACCAGAUUAACUGAUACCAAGCUUGUUUGUGGGUUCAAAAUAUUUUUGAAACUAAAAUACAUUGUUUGGGGUUUUGUGUGGGAAGGGGAAUUUUUAUGCCUUUCAAGCAUUUAAAGGACUUAUCUGUAAUUUGAAGGCAACCUUUAAAAUAUAGCAAUGAAAAAAAACCCUCUUUUGAGAAGUUAAUUAUACUGUACAUAUACUGUGGAUACAUAAUUUCUUUUGAAUCUGUAACUACUGCUCAACUUAAUCAUUAUGAAUCUACUGCUGCUGCCGCCAAACUGAAGCUUGUUACUUCACUCCAUUGUGAUUAUUUUAGUUAAGGGUUGCCUGCCUGGGACACCGGACUAGGAGGAUCACUCCCAGCUAAAGAAAGGACUUCUGCUUCAGCAGGCAUUAAACAAGUUAUUCAUAGCAGGAUUACACAUGGGUAGGAACAUACUGUCUUACAAGCAUGUUCCUCAUACAACAGUUGCGGAUAGGGUAAUAUAUAACCUCUAAAACUCACUGAUUUGUCUGUGGAUUAUCCACCUGGCAAACUUCUGACCAUCACAAAUGGAAGCAAGAUGCCUAGUAGUGCUGGUUUGGUUCAGUCACAAUAACAUUUUCAGUCUUGGUUUUUGUACAUCAUGUUAACGUGGUAAGAUGCACUCUUCUGAACUUUUGAUCAGUCGUGAAUAGGUUCAUCUUAAUUCACACAUGGUGGUGUCACAUUUACACUAACAAAGCAUGGAUUCUAAGAAUAAGCCUGAGCACGGAAGUGGUUCUUUUUUAGGCAUCAAGAGAAUCGCUCUCAAAUGCUAAUGUUGUUUCCGUUGUAGGCAUGUUGUUUCCGUUGUAGGCUGACCAUUGAAAACAUCUGCUACACUGUCUGGGUUUUUUUGGUUUUUGUUUUUUGGGUUGGUUUUUUUUUGUUUUUUUUUUUUUUAACAUGUUAAAGGCCUGUUCCACUGGCACCCCUAUUCCUGUUUAAGACUCCAGGACUCCAGAAAUGUGUUUCGAGAGGUGCAGCGUCAUACUGCAGCAUAGCUGUCUUAUAAGAUCUGUUCUCCUACAUGUUGCUUUAUCUGAUGUACUCUUCAAAUUUCUUGUAUUUUGUAUGUUUCUGGCGCAUGGUGUCAGUAUGGUUAGAACUUUUGCCAAGUGUUUUAUUGCUGUGCUUAGAACUGGAAACAAGUUUUGAAACAUUUGUGUGAAAUCCAUGAAACUUCCAGCUGCCACCAAUGUCUGGAGGAAAAAAAAUGUUGGCUCCUGACAACCUUGUUAGCAUGUCAGAUGUAGUAUAUAUGCUUAAUUACAUGUGAGAAGCUUAAUAAAAACCUGUGAGUCAA